CUGUCAAAUUUUCAAAAGUUACUCAAAUAUUUAUAUUUAUUUAUUUGAAGAAAUUCUAUUUUAUAAAAGCUGAAAUAUGAAUAGUAUUACAGACGUAGACGUGGAAUCCCUAUUACAAGCUUUAACAAAACAUAGACAAAACACCGCAAAAGCCGUUCAAGAGUGUCUGGAAAACUGUAAAACUCAAAAAGAACUUUGUGAAGCCACAAAAGUACUCGAUUCAAGUUUACAAGAAAAAAUAACUUUAAUGAAAGACCUUGCCAAAUCAGAACAUGAUAAGUACAACAUUUUAAUAAACACCAUCGAAUCUAAUGAGGUUAUACUGAAACAAAAAGAAAAUGAUCUUGAGCAACACAAAACGAUUUUGGAUAAAAAGCAAAAAAAAAUGGAAAAUUUGGAAAGCACGCGGGCUACUCUGGAAGCCAAAUUGAAGGUACUCCAAGACGGAGAGAACUUAAGAGAAAUGAGAGAUAAAAUAUUAGCAUAUAAAGUCCUUACAGGUGUAGAGUUUGUUUAUUCUACCAAGAGAGUCAUGGGCACUGUGGCAAAGAAGGGUCAGGACCCAAAAGCUUUCUCAUAUAACCCCACUAAGUCUGACGAAGAUAUUUGCAGCAAGCUGUGGAGUAUGAUUUUGGAGGAUUAAAGGUCAAUAAUAAUGUAUGUACAUAUGUAUAUAAUUUUUUUUGUAAUAGUUUUAAGUAUGUUACUUUGAGUAAGUUAUAAUCAAGUAAAGUUUGAAUGAAAUUACUUUCUGUUUAGAUGGUUUUAAUAUGCUGCAGUUUGGCUUAAGUGCAGCAUGCACUUCAUUAAACUGUAUUUGAAUAUUGAUAAGUGUUCAAUUAGAAGAUUUUUACUUACAUAAAUACCUGUUACAGUAUCUCUAAUAAACAAAUUGUUCGGUUAUAUCAAUUGCACAGUAAGUGCUUAAGUCAGUAAAAUUAUGUACAAAAAUAUAAUAAUAAUUUUAACAGAC